AUGUGCCGAUAUCCAAUUAGCCGUGGUGGAAAGUUUCAUUGGCCCAGUUCACAGCCCAUCAAGAAGACCGGUCACGGCCUCACGGGAGCAGCGGAGUCGCACUCGCACUCGACUCGAGCAACUGGGCGAGCGGCGGCGGCUUCAGCUAGGGUUGGCUCCAACUCCAAGUCUCCAACCCAACGGGCGACGGAGGCGCCGGGAUCCCGGCGGGCGGAGGCAGCAGGCAGCAGCGGCCGCGCCCGCGCAGCUGCACAAGAUCUUCAAGCUCUGCGGCUCUCCGUCCGACUGUCCGAGGACUACCGGACGUGA